CCAACAAUUUAUGAUAAAACUAACAAGGCUUAGCAGAAUAGCAGACAAGUUACAGAGGACUUCAUGUGCUUACUUCUUAUCGUUUUUCAUAAUUGAAAAUAAGUAAGUACACAAAUAUUAAUUAACUUAGUCUUUUAAAAUUAAUAAACCAAAGAGUGUCGGGUUUCGAUGAGCAAAAUGUGAUGCAGAAUCUUUUCAUCACCAAACUCAUUGUAGAAUUUCUACCUCAUAAAACCCACAAAGCAAAGACUAAAACUUGAACCGAAAACACCAUGGCAGAAGCAGAGGAAGUGAAGCACUUUGGGGUUAGGGGAAGCCCAUUAAGUCUCAGAGUGGAUAUAGCUCUGAGACUGAAAGGUGUGAAAUCCAAAUUCUGCGAAGAGGACCUGCAGAACAAGAGCCCUUUGCUCAUCAAAUACAAUCCAGUUCACAAGAAGGUCCCUGUGCUUGUACACAAUGAGAAACCAAUAGCAGAGUCCCUUGUUAUUCUUGAAUACAUUGAUGAGACUUGGAAGCAUCAGGGCCUUCCAAUAUUGCCUCAAGACCCUUACCAAAGAGCCAAUGCACGCUUCUGGGCUAGCUUCAUUGAUGAGAAGUGCUCACCUGCAAUAUGCAAAGCUUACUGGGAAAUUGAGGGCCAUGAGAAGGCUAUGGAAGAAGCUUGUGAGCUUCUGCAAUCUCUUGAAAAUGAGCUCAAGGAUAACAAGUUCUUUGGGGGAGAGACAAUUGGAUUUGUAGAUAUGGCUGCUAGCUUCAUAGGCUACUGGCUUAGACCAAUUCAAGAAGCUGUGGGGGUGGAGGUGUUGACCAAAGAGAAGUGUCCCAAGCUAUAUGAUUGGUGUGAUGAGUUUGUGAGCCACAGUGUUGUUAAGGAAGUUCUGCCUCCUAAUAAAGAAACAUUAAUUGCCUUCUUCCUUGGUCGCUGUGAAAGCACCAAACUACUUGCAAAGUAAAUGGCUCGUGAAUGAAUGUAAGAUUACAUAUUUAUUAGUGCCUCUUUGUUAUGAAAUGUACAUGAAACAAAAGUAUGGUAAGAGUAUUUAUUUAUAUGCGCUCGAGGUUCUAGGCUUAAUUUCUCAUUUUUUAAUAUCGCUUGUAUAUUAUAUGUCAGCAAAGCUGCUCUCUGUUCUAUUA